AUGGCUUUCAACGUCAGAAAUACAAAUCCAAAGGCACUCACUGAAGUUUUACCUUAUCCUGAGAUUGAAAAGGUGUAUGAUAUCAGGAUCCCUCUACCUGAUGGAAAUUAUAUACAUGCACAUGCAUGGACACCAAAGAGAGCGUUCGAUAACUUGGAGAAAAGUUACGCAACUCUAAUUGAGUAUAUUCCCUACAGAACAGACGUCACUGUGAUCCGAGAUUCGAUUAGACAUCCAUAUUACGCCGACCAUGGAUUUAUUUCUAUGAGAGUGGAUAUGAGAGGGUCCUGUAAUUCUUCGGGAGUACUAGAAGAUGAGUAUUUGCCAAUUGAACAGGAAGAUGCCCUGGCUGUUUUCGACUGGAUAGUUGCCCAACCAUGGUCAAAUGGGAAUAUAGGUAUGUUUGGCAAAUCUUGGGCGGGUUUUAAUGGCUUGCAAGUAGCAGCAAGACAACAUCCUGCCUUGAAAACUAUUAUAACCCUAAUGUCGACAGAUGAUAGGUAUUCAGACGACGUGCAUUACAGAGGCGGGUGUCUUUUGGCUUCUGACAUGCUUUGGUGGGGAUCUACAAUGAGUACAUAUCAACCCAGGCCACAAGAUCCCCUCGUUGUUGGUAAAGACUGGAAAGAAAACUGGUUAAAGAGGUUGGACGUACCUCCGAUGUUAAACCAGUGGAUGGCGCAUCAGACAAGGGAUGACUAUUGGAAACAUGGUUCGGUGUGUGAGGAUUGGUCUUUACUAGAGGUGCCCGUGCUGGCCAUUGGGGGUUUUCGUGAUGGAUAUACCAACUCCGUAUGGAGAAUGGCGGAGAAGUUACCGAAUCCAGAAAGUUGUUGCAUUGUGGGGCCUUGGGUGCAUGAAUAUCCUGAAAUGGCAGAACCGGCCCCAAAAAUUGAUUAUCAACAGCUUUCUACUCAGUGGUUUACCAAGUGGUUGUAUCCAAACAAAAACGAUCAGUUUUCAUUGCCUAGGUUGACCGUAUAUAUUCAGGAUCCUACUUCUAUAGCAGAAUCAUAUGUUUACAGGGAGGGGACUUGGAUUUCAACUAAUAAGCCGAACAUUCAUAAAUACAUUACUUUCAAUCUGACAGAUGAGCUGAGACUAAAGAGGUCUUUGGGGGAUACUGUUAAAGAACUGGCAAUACCAUUUAGUGGAAGCUUGUCCCACGGCUUAUUUAGAGGAACUUGGUGUCCGUUUGGUUUCAAAGGUGAUUUUCCAGGUGACCAAAGAUACGAAGACUCAAAAUGUCUAUGCUUUGAUUCAGACAUAUUUGAAAACGACAUUGACCUCUGUGGUUUGCCCUUUAUCAAAUUAGGAAUAUCAUCUGAUAAGAAACUGGCCAAUGUCUCUGUCAGGUUAGUUGAUAUUUACCCUUCUGGAGAGUCUGUUCUUCUCUCCUGGGGCCAGCUAAACUUAACUCAUCGUAACUCUCAUGAAUUUCCCGAAUUUCUUCAGCCUAAAGAAAAGUAUGACGUUAAAGUUAGUCUUGACUCUGUUGGAAUAAAGCUUAAAAAAGGCCAUAAGCUUAGAAUUGCAUUAUCUCCGUGCGAUUGGCCUCAAGCGUGGCCUUCUCCGGAGACGCCUACAUUAAUGUUGCACUACGGCUUAUUAUACCUUCCCGUACCCGAUGAUACUACACUCGUGGAAGCGCCAAUCUUUGGAAAACCUUCAAUUGUUGACUCUCCUCUAGAGUUAGUCAAAGAGAGGCCUUAUGGUCGGAAGAAGAAGGUCGAGUACGAUUAUGAACUUGACGAAUGGAAACUAACUGAUAUCCAGGAUGGUGGGUGUACUAAAAUCAACAGAAACGGUUACUUGUCUGGAUUUUACUUUGGUGAAUACAACAAGAACGAAUGGAAAAUCAGGAUGGAUGACCCGUCAAGCGCAUGCAAUCGUUGUGAAUGGGUCUAUGAAAUGGGAAGAAAUGACUGGAAAAUCAGGAUUGAAACAGAAACUGAGUUGACAGCCGAUAGCGCAGACUUCUACCUAAUUACUAAAAGACGGGCUUAUGAAGAUGAUAAACAGAUCAGCGAAAGGGAAUUCAGAGAAAAGUAUGCUAGAAAAUUCAUCUGA